AUGUCAAUGUCCCUGAAGCCUGGCCUCACAAGGCUCCGAUACCCCAUGGCCCGUAAUCGGCCAGAACACCUGAAAUCCUUGGAGAUGACGCCAGGGCAUCUUUCCCGCCUUAUAGCCGUUGAAGCUAUCACGAACAACGAGCCAUGGGGGCCAUGGGCCACAGACCGGGAGGUGGAAGUCCUCCAAUUUCCAUUCUUCGUGGAAGCGCAAUCAAUCUGA